GGAAGAAGAAGAAGAACGCCCAUUUUGCUUAGAGUGUCCGCAUCGAAGAGUACAGAAAUAUCAACAGACAGAAGAGGACAAAGAGCUGCAAUGGACGGUGAUGUUGCGGUUGGUGUGAAAAGAGGCUCAGAUGAGCUCAACAUGUACGGUAGCAGCCCCAACUCUAUGACCGCGAAUGGCAGUGACAGUAAGAAACAACGCCUGGACGAAUCACCUCCCUCCAGAGUUCUUCACAUCAGAAAACUUCCCAAUGAGGUGUCAGAGACUGAAGUCAUCGCUCUGGGGCUGCCCUUUGGAAAGGUCACCAAUAUACUAAUGCUAAAGGGGAAAAACCAGGCUUUUCUUGAGUUGGGCACAGAGGAAGCUGCUGUAACUAUGGUGAACUACUACACAGCUGUCACACCACAGGUCAGAAAUACUCCAGUCUUCAUCCAGUAUUCCAACCAUAAGGAACUGAAAACAGACUCUGCUCUUAACCAGAGGGCCCAGGCAGUACUGCAGGCAGUGUCAGCGGUUCAGGAUGGAAGCUCUCCGUCCUCUGACCCAGGAGUUUUGGACUUAACUCCACCCCCCAGCCCUGUCCUGCGAAUUAUCAUUGACAACAUGUUUUAUCCUGUCACAUUAGAUGUUCUACAACAGAUCUUCAGUAAGUUUGGGACCGUAAUGAAGAUUAUAACCUUCACCAAGAACAACCAAUUCCAGGCUCUUCUGCAGUUCAGUGACCCCGUCAAUGCACAGCAAGCUAAACUGUCUUUGGAUGGACAGAACAUCUAUAACUCAUGCUGUACUCUGCGGAUAGACUUCAGUAAACUGGUCAACGUUAACGUCAAAUACAACAAUGAUAAGAGUCGAGAUUACACCAGGCCUGAUCUUCCUACAGGAGAUGGAGAGUCAACCAACAAGGAUCAUUCUUUACUGGGUACCCCAUCUGGAGCACUAGCUUCCUACUCUAGUGGAGGAGGUUACUCAUCUUCUCUCUCCCUCUCGCAGGGUGGAGGAGCCAUCAGCCCUCUGAGUGCGGCAGCAGCGGCAGCAGCAGCUGCAGGUCGCGUUGCUCUAUCAGGAUCAGGAGUGUCAGGGGUCCUGUUGGCAUCCAACCUAAAUGAAGAGAUGGUCACGCCUCAAAGUCUCUUUACCCUCUUCGGGGUCUAUGGUGAUGUGCAAAGGGUAAAGAUACUCUACAACAAAAAGGACAGCGCUCUGAUUCAGCUGUCAGAUGGCAACCAGGCUCAACUUGCUAUGAGUCACCUGAAUGGUCAGAAGGUAUUUGGUAAAGUGAUGAGAGUGACACUGUCCAAACAUCAGACUGUGGCUUUGCCCAGAGAAGGACUGGAUGACCAACUAUUAACUAAAGAUUUUUCUGGCUCACCACUCCAUCGCUUUAAGAAGCCAGGAUCGAAAAACUUCCAGAACAUCUUUCCACCCUCGGCAACGCUUCACCUCUCCAACAUUCGUGAUGGGGUAGGAGAGGAUGACCUGCGUCUUCUGUUCUCCAACAGUGGAGGGACUGUGAAGGCCUUCAAGUUUUUCCAGGACCGUAAGAUGGCUUUGAUCCAGAUGUCAUCAGUUGAGGAAGGGAUCCAAGCCCUGAUGGAUCUUCACAACUACGACAUGGGAGGAAAUCACCAUCUGAAAGUCUCCUUUUCAAAGUCUACCAUCUAAUCCAAAUCCUUGUCACAUUUAGAUCUGUGACAAGCCAACAAGUCACUGUCAGUGGUCCCCUUUUUGAAAAUUUCCUUGGAAUAGUUUUCAGUGAAAAAAAUGAGAAAAUCAGAAUUUCACUACAGUAUAUUUUCUCAACCAGUAGAAGCAGUGCUUACCUCAGUCUCAGCCCAGAGGCAGUUCUGCUUUGAUCCGUACAACAUGUUAAAGAGCAACUAAACACCAGCUGAAUGUGUUAUCUUUGUUUACCAGGGUGUGCGAGUACACUGUGACAUCACAGUUGAUUGGGGUUACAGGUGAAAAAGACUUCAAAUCUGACCUGGUGUUGAGAUCCUCUUUAGAGCAGUACAGACUGGUAGUUUUCAUUUAAAGUGCGGUCUGUGGUUUAUUUCGUGUUGAACUGUCUGUCAGAGUUGACCUCUCCCUGAAUUUAUCUUUGAAGUCAGAGUCACUUCUCUAUGUAUUCCUUUCUGAACCACCUACUCUUUCAGCAGAUACCAGUUUAGACAUCAGGCUGGCAUUGUUCUGAAAGCCAUUUACAUCAUCUCUGCUCCUCUUUGGUUGUCUGUUAUUUUAAGAUUUUUUCUGGACUGUUCCACUUCUUCAAAUCUCAUGUAGUUCAUUGCCAAAGUAUGACACGUUCAAGGGAAAAAGAAAUCUUGCAGUGAGCAUACAGGAGUCGAAAGAAAUGUAAAUAUGACCAGUAUUACAUUAGAAGCACUCGUUACUUAGAGGGGGAUUCUUUACCUACACCCAGUUAUUUUAAAAUGUCGUUUAAACACCAGGUGUAACAACAGUUUUUAACACUUAAUGCACAAGAGUCAUUGUGUCGCAAUUUCACCAUUUCUGUUUUUUUUCCCCUUCAUUUGCAUACUUUCUUGCUGGUUAUCCUGUCUCUGAACAAUCAUUUUGGAAAUUGUUUCUACAUUUAAAGAACAUUAGAAAGUCUAUUGUACCUUUUUUCUAUAUGAUUUUAAAAAGAUUUGUAGGAAUGACAGUCAUCGUUUGAAGUGAAUUAUGCUUGUUUCGGACAUGUAUGUCCCUGAAAUGUCCUUCACAGCACAACAUAGAAUGUAUCGACUCAUUGUAAUCAUAUUAAGGAUGCAAAGGUGAUGCCAUCUGUUUCCUGUUUAAAUCCCAUCUCAGUCAUUGGAAAAGCAGCCGUAAGUGGAUGCACACACUCACAUGCACAGGAUUCUUGCUAAUGCUAUCUGUUUAAACAAGGUUUCAACAUGUCAUUCUGGUCUCUUGAUAUUAGGAGAACCCAUCGGGACCUAAGUACAUGUGCCUUUAGUUUGAUUUUACUGUUGUGUUUUUAAACAACAUGUGUAUUGGUAAUGAUUGCCAAUCUUUUGUUGUAAACCUAUGUUUGGAAAAAAUGUCUUGUUAAUUUUAAAAAGAAGCAAACCUUGUCUUUCAGUUCUCUUUGACAGUCCGAGGUUAUUUAUCAAAGUGAGACGCACAAAACUUGUCACUGUUUCAGCUGAGGUCGCCUCAUAAGUUGGUUUUAUUUCUCUCACCUCUCGAUCUUGUUUCCAGCUGCAGAGUUUAUUUUUAGACCGUUUUUAGAUGAUUCUUGUAAAUUUUCUACCUGAGUUCAGUUUCUUUUGUGAUAAGAUUUCAGAUUAGCACAAAUUAAACACGUCUUUUCUACCAACCAGCUCAAGUAAAAUUGUGUUUGUGUAUGUCUGGGUAGUUUCAGGCCUCUGCUCUCAUCUGUAUCUUAUCUAUAAUAAACGUCUCUCACUCUG